CUAAUUUGCUUUUGAUGGUGCCUGGGUGGAGAGUACACAUGUACAUACAGUGUACAAAGCAAGAUUCGGUCCCUUGCCCUGCCUGAUGAAACGUUUUGAAUCUGAUAAAAUGGAUUAUUUGAUUAUUUUGCCCAGCUCCAUGUAACCUAUCGAUGAAAUAGGAGGCAUGAGUGCCCCACCCCACUCCUCAAAACAACCGACAUCAUCCAUCACACUAUAAGUGACAUUUCAAGUUAUUCUGUUUAUGAAGUGACGCCCGAAACAGUUUUUGACAGGUCAUAAACUAUUAUAGUCGUUGCAACAGAAUCUUCUUGACAGGGAUUUACAUAAAACUGUGAACUCUUCCCGCCUGUGACACUUCCACGAACCUGGCACGAAUGCCCAGUCAGGUUUUACAGGCAUGUGCCACAUCGUUUAACACCAUGAGCUGAACUGUCGUCGAUGGGCUGGUUGGCGACCCUUUUUAUUAUUAUUUUGAAGUCUACCCGGAUAUGCGUAACCUUUUCACCUGCCAUUAGUCUGUGAAUUCCGCCUUGACAAAAUGGCUAGUUUGGAGUGUGUGGUGGCGAUCCUGGCCGCAGUUUUCGUCGGUGAGGUGACAGCUGGUGAAUACUGCUUCUCAUCUUCCUAUUUUUCCAUCGUGUACUGUACUUACGGCUGCUGCAACGGCGUGUGCUGUGGAUUUCCCCCAUGGCUCAUUGUUACCAUCGUCACUGCUGUCAUCGUUGCCGUUUCAUUCCUCAUUGGUGGCUAUUGCUGCUGCAUGAAGCAGAGUGGCUACCCGGGGAGGGUGAUCAGCCCGGCGCCACCGCUGCACACCACAAACGUCGCCUACGUGCAGUCAGCACAAGGAGAGCACGCCAUGAUGACGUGGCAAGCUGGAGGAAUGCAUGGUGCUUACUAUGGCUACGGGGUGGGAGCAUACGGAAUCCCACAAGGUGUACAGCCACCCGUCGUGCAGCCACUCGGCCCUCCUCCCUACACGGACCCUGUUUAUCCUACAGGGGGAGCGCUCCCUUCUAAUCCUCCUGAGGGCGUGACCUCACGUUGAUGAACAAACAUAAUGAACUAAUUUACUUGUUGAAAAAAAACUCGUGUACAAUAAUCACUCAUUAAGCUUGUGUUUUCAAUAGAAUCCCAGAUUUCUAUACUAAACGAAAUUGUGAUUAUUUUUUUUUAAAAAUCCUGAAGAUUUUGUGUUCGUAUUAGUUUCGCUAUGACCAGAACCCUUUAAGAAAUUUGAUUGUCAAAUUACAUCCAUAGGUAAAGUAUUUUCUUGGCUAGAAGACAUAACUAAUCAUGUUUUCAUUGGACUUAAUCAAAUUAUUUUACGCACAUUCUGUAGUGCGUGGCUGUGUUUAUCUUUACGUGAAGUAUUAUUUGAGUUUUUAUAUGCUUUUGCUUCUCUGAUUUACUUUUUAUAGUCCUUUGCGGUUAGUUUAAUGAAAUGUUUCGAGUAAUUUUAAAACAACAUGAUUACUUUUAAACUAUUCUCAUGACAAUUUUUUUGAAAGGAACUGCACUUGUAAAUAAUGAUUCGUGUCCUCUAUCCUUCCCUCACCCGUUUCGCGGUCAGGUACGGUGAGCACGCACACACGUACCAACAGUGAUUGCUGUUAGUAAUAAAAGUUCCCAUUCUCAUGAGUUGUCCAUUGUGUAAAAUAUCACUUGUCCAGUAGAAGAGUGGUUAUAUAAAUGCCAAGUUCCUUCUACCCAGUACAAUAGCAACGGUAGAAACCCUUGUUUCUUUUCCGUAGCAGUGUGACUCUCAGUCGUCUCUGAGUGUUUGAGUGAGUGUGUGGCUGUGUGUUUGUGUGUUUAAGUGCGUGUGUGGCUGUGUGUUUGAGUGUGUGGCUGUGGUUGAUUGAGAGUGUUUGCUGUAGUUUACAACUUAACGGGAGCUCUCAACAAGGGAACGUUCCUACGUCUGUUGCUGGUUUAAAAUAUUCUAUUUCGAUAUUUACAAUUUCCUGCAAGCCCUAUAUAUCAACAAAGUUAAGACUGGAGUCCUAAUGGCUGGUAUCAGCUUUACCAGAGAAGGACAAUCGUUUUCAUCGACUUUAACAAUUGUCCGUGAUCGUUCUCAUUCAGGAUUUCCUUCGUGUUCGUUUGCCAGGACU